AUGAAGCAGACUCCAAGAAGUGAUGAAGGCGUGUGCAGCAGAAGGAAGGCGUUGUCAAGGGGGCACCACAAGUUUGUGGGCGUUCGCCAAAGACCAUCCGGAAGAUGGGUGGCUGAAAUCAAAGCCUCCCCACAAAAGGUAAGGCUUUGGCUUGGGACUUUUGACACAGCAGAAGAUGCAGCUCGAGCCUAUGAUAGUGCUGCUCGUCAACUCAGAGGUGCGAACGCACGCACCAACUUUGAAUUGCCAUCUGAUUCUACUAUGCUUGAGCCAUUUUCCUUUGACACAAUGUGUAGCAGUAGGACCGAAGAGUCUGAAGGACUAAUUGGUGCGCUCAAGGCCAAGCUUUUUAAACAAAAGGCCUCCCAGACGAUGCUCAAUCAAGACAGUCCAUCUUCUGACAUGCAAUUUAGCUUUACCGGAAUUUCUCUUCCAAAUUUGUCGAAAAGUAGACAAUCAUCUGCCACAAUGCCUGCUGUCAAUCCAAUUCUACAUUGCAGUUCUCCUGGAGCAGCUGCUAUGUCUACUCAGUUACAAUCUACUCAUCAUCAUAAUCACAGGCAUGAUCAAAUUGAAUCCCUCAGAGGGCAGGAGUGUCAACUAGGCAUGACUCCGGCAUGGCCUACUGAGAAUAAAUUGCCAUGGGGAUCAGAGAUGAGUCUUGUUCAAGAGGAUCCCUCCUUGAUCAAUACUACCAAAAAUGGUGCAUGGCCAUCGUCGCACAUAAGUCAAGCAGCUCUUGAUUUGUCGUUCACGAGUAAUCCCUUAGGCGAAAUGCUUAGAAACGACAAGAGAAAAGUGGAUGCUGUACAAGUUAAUGGAUCAACAUCUUGGGUUUCUCCGAUGGACCAGAAUGUAUACUAUGAAAACAACAAUUGGAUUAAUGGUGCUAAUGUUAUCUGGGAUUCUGAUCUAUAUGUACAUUCGGUUCUUGGAUGA